AUGCAUUAUUUUUUGUUGUUCUUCUGUAGGAAUGUGCCCCACGGAGAGAAUCACACAGUGGUGACCCAUUUCAUCCUCCUUGGAAUCCCCAACACUGAAGGCCUCCAACCCAUCCUCUUCCCUGUCUUCAUAAUCUUCUAUGUGUGCACUUUGUUGGGGAACUUGCUGAUCAUGACCGCUGUCUUCACAGACUCUCGACUCCACACCCCAAUGUACUUCUUUCUUUGCAACCUCUCUGUCCUUGAUAUUGGUUUCUCUUCUGUCAGCACCCCCAAGAUGUUGGCCAAUCUUUGGGGACAAAGCAGAGUAAUACCAUUGGGUGGAUGUGUGUGCCAAGUUUUCUUCUACCAUUUCUUAGGAAGCACUGAAGCACUCCUCUAUACUGUCAUGGCCUAUGACCGGUACGUCGCCAUCUGCCAUCCACUGCGGUAUCUCAUCAUCAUGAACUGGAAGGUGUGUGUUGUCUUGGCUGCUGGCACAUGGGUCACCAGCUCCUUUCAUGCCACUAUCCUCACCACAUUGACUUUCACACUACCAUACUGUGGGCCCACCAAAGUUGAUUACUUUUUCUGUGAUAUCUUCCCUGUGGUCAAGUUGGCUUGUGCUGACACUGUCAUCAUCGAGACGGUGAGCUUCACAAACAUUGGUGUAGUGCCCAUGACCUGCUUUGUCCUCAUUCUUGCUUCCUAUGUUCGAAUUGUCUAUUCAGUCCUCAGGAUGAGCUCUGGGGAAGGUCGGUGCAAGGCAGCCUCCACUUGUGCCUCACACUUAACUGUAGUUACCCUCUUCUUUGGUCCCUGUGCUCUGAUCUACACUCAGCCACAGCUAAGUGAAAUUCUGGUGGUCCCAGUGCAGAUCUUUGGCAAUGUGGUCACACCCAUGCUCAAUCCAGUGAUCUACACACUGCGGAACAAGGAAGUGAAAGCAGCUUUGACUAAACUGACAGGGGGCAAAAAGGUGUCCCAGACAACAAGCCACUAG